GUGUGUGAGAGUUUGUUUGUUAACUAUUGCACAAUUCGAAGAAGUAAAACAGAGCACGAAAAAUGGUGGUAAGGAUUCGACUAUCGAGGUUUGGGUGCAAGAACAAGCCAUUCUAUCGGGUAAUGGCUGCCGAUAGUAGAUCCCCAAGAGAUGGCGAGCACCUCGAAGUUCUAGGUUAUUACAAUCCCUUACCAGGGCAAGAUAAUGCAAAAAGAAUGGGUCUAAACUUCGAAAGAGUAAAGUAUUGGCUUUCUGUUGGAGCCCAACCUUCAGAUCCUGUCCAGUGUCUACUAUUCCGAGCGGGGUUAUUGCCACCGCCACCAAUGGUGGCAAUGGGGCGUAAAGGUGGACCACGUGAUACACGCCUUGUCGAUGCUCUUACUGGGCAUGUCCUGAGUCAAGAGAAGACAGUUAAAGAUGACAGCAAUAAAGAUGAUGGUGAAGAUGACACCCCCACUCCAUAAAACCUUUACUAAGUUGUUUUUAAGGGUGUCUUUUUUUCUAAUUCUGUUGACCCCUCUAUUCUAGGUAUAUCACCAGAAUGUGUAUUUUCAAUCGGCUUACCAAUUAACUGAAGAAAAUAAUUGCUAUUUGUUUGUUGAAAGUACCUGUUGGGAAAGGGUUGUGAAUCUGUAAUGUUUCAUCUAAAGCCAGAGAAAGAGUCAGAUGGCAUUUUCACCUUCUCAAAUGUAAGAUGAAUUUUGAUUGGUUUGUGGAAGUGAAUUGAUGGUUAAUCUUGGUGAUGAAAUCAUGAAAGGCCUGAUAUUUUGGUAUUUUGGAACUUUUGCUUGGGCAAAAAGGAAAAUAGCUGAUUAGUAAUCCUUAUAUUUUGAAUAUCGUCUUAUUAGUUUUCA